GCAAAGCUCAGAGGGCCAAAACAACAAACACGCCUCGGCCCUCUCGUUCUCGGCGGUAGGCUCCCUUCCUUUCCUAAUUCCUUGCGGCGACGACCUGGCGAGUGGCGCCGCCCGCCAGUUCUUCGUCGGGCGACGAGACGAGCAUCGGACAGGGGAUGAGUGAGGAGGACAAGACUGCUGCUGCUGAGCAGCCGAAGCGAGCCCCUAAGCUCAAUGAAAGGAUCCUCUCUUCUUUGUCCAGGAGAUCCGUAGCUGCUCAUCCAUGGCAUGAUCUUGAGAUUGGUCCUGGGGCUCCUGCUGUCUUCAAUGUUGUCGUUGAGAUCACAAAGGGAAGCAAAGUUAAAUAUGAGCUUGACAAGAAAACUGGACUCAUAAAGGUUGAUCGAGUCCUGUACUCAUCAGUUGUAUACCCUCACAAUUACGGUUUCAUUCCGAGGACACUUUGUGAAGACAACGACCCGAUGGAUGUUUUGGUCCUGAUGCAGGAGCCUGUUAUUCCUGGUUCAUUCCUCCGGGCAAGAGCAAUUGGCCUUAUGCCUAUGAUUGACCAGGGUGAAAAGGAUGACAAGAUAAUUGCUGUCUGUGCUGAUGAUCCUGAAUACCGUCACUACAAUGACAUCAGUGAGCUGUCUCCUCACCGCCUGCAAGAGAUCAAGCGCUUCUUUGAAGAUUACAAGAAAAAUGAGAACAAAGAGGUUGCUGUUGAUGCAUUCUUGCCUGCAACCACCGCUCGAGAUGCCAUUCAGUACUCCAUGGAUCUGUAUGCACAAUAUAUUUUGCAAAGCUUGAGGCAGUAGAUCGCCAGCAACUAUUUAUUGUGGUGUCUUUGAUUGUGUUCAACCAUUACAAUUGAGUUGAGAACGAUGUCGCGAGCUGUGAUUGCCUUCUGCUUUUCCCUGGACUUGUACUACUUUGUCGUUAAAUUAUGAAUAAACGAAGUUCAUACA